AUGGAAGCAAUAACGGAGGAAUCAACCGGUAGUGCUGUGACGACGAUGAUUGACCAGACGUAUGAGUUCUUAGCCCCGAGAUGGUUUGAUUUCAUUAACGGAGAGACGGAAGAUGAGGCUCGCCGAGCGGAGCUCUGGUUCCAAUCCGCUUUAAGCUGCGCUCCUUCUCCUUCGGUUCCUAGAAUCAAAGCGAGGAGAUCAUUCAAGGUUGAGACCAUGUGCAACUUCAAUGAGGAGGAAGAAGAAGAAAAACCGCACAAGGAUAAAGAGCCUUCAGAACCUAUAGCUCCAACUAUUUCUUCACAACCGGAGCCUAAUCUCUCCGAGGCCAAGAAAGAAGAAGUUAGUCAUACUGAAGAAAUCACAAUUAAGCCAUCUCACAAUGAUUCCAAGGACGCAGAUGCAAGUAAUCUCAGGGAUGCGGCGACUGAGCAGGUAGAAAACAAGGAGAACAUUCCUCCUCCUCCUUACACAGAAGCCUGCACACCCAAACCACCACUUCAAAUAUCUCAAGGAGGAAAGUCAACGGACCUCAAGAAGCAGCAAACUGCUAGAAAGACUGCUACUGUACCUAGAAAUCCAUCUGUUCUUAGGCCCAAGAACCACUCACAGUCGUCUCAUGCAAAAGGCAGUCUACAGAAAAGUGUGAAAAGGGAAACGAAUGUUAAGAACGUAGUUGGCACUAUCAAUCUGAAUCAGGAAAACCAAGCCAUCAAAAGGCAAAAGCUAGAUGAUGGAAAAUCCAGACAGAUUCUCUAUCCAAAACCAACUACUCUGCUCCACAAGACAAGACAUGGUCAUGUUAACUCUGGUUUCGACGUACACCCUUCAGUCAGUACGCAAACUCAUAAGGAGAACAGAAAGGUUUAUGUCCGCGAGCAAAUUGCACCUUUCAUCUCAACUGCUGAAUUGAUGAAGAAGUUCCAAACAUGCACACGAGACUUGUCACUACCUCAUGCCAACACUUCUCUUCCACAGAGCCGACCUAAGCUGACACUCACAAGACCGAAGGAACCCGACUUUGUGACAUCCCAACGGGCUCGUCCUUUGAGAGUGAAGAGCAGCGCAGAGCUUGAGGAAGAGAUGUUGGCCAAGAUUCCCAAGUUUAAAGCUCGACCUGUGAACAAGAAGAUUAUGGCAGCUCCAGCUUUGCCUGCGCCACAAAGAAGCACACCACAUCUGCCAGAAUUUCAGGAAUUUCAUCUUCAAACAAUGGCGAGGGCUAGCCAGCAUGCAGAGACGUCUUCAGUAGCUUCAACAGAAGUGUCAAAGCAGCAUAAUGAUUGGAGGCCUCACCUUACUGCGCCAAAGAGCCCUGUGCUCCAAACAAUGCUAAGAGCUCGUCCUACCAAAGCAAAAACCACUGCAGAGCUUGAGCAAGAGGAACUCGAGAAGGCACCAAAGUUCAAAGCAAUACCGUUGAACAAAAAGAUAUUUGAAAGCAAAGGAGAGAUGGGCAUAUUUUGCAACACCAAGAAGCACAUAACCAUACCUCAUGAGUUCCACUUUGCGACAGAUGAGAGGAUAUCACGACCAAGUUCUGUCUUAGAUAUAUUCGACAAGCUCUCAUUGAACUCCGAAUGUUGCCAUGAGAAGCCUCUACCAAGGAACACUGCUCCAAACCCCUUCAAUCUAAGGACAGAGGAAAGAGGCGCUGAAAAAGAGAGAAGGUUUGUAAUGGAAGUCACACAUAAACUGAUAGGAGAUGAAAGGGCCAGGGUUCCAAAAGCAAACCCAUAUCCUUACACAACCGAUUAUCCCGUGGUACCACCAAAACCGGAACCUAAGCAAUGCACAAAGCCAGCACCGUUCCAGUUGGAGAGUUUAGUGAGGCACGAAGAAGAAAUGCGAAGAGAAAUGGAAGAGAGGAUGAGAAUGGAGAGAGAAGAAGCCCAGAAGAGGCUCUUUAAAGCACAACCGGUUAUCAAAGAGGACCCAAUCCCUGUUCCAGAGAAAGUACGCAAGCCCCUUACGGAAAUUCAGGAGUUCAAUCUUCAUGUAGAGCACCGAGCCGUUGAGCGAGCAGACUUUGAUCACAAAAUUAAAGAGAAAGAGAAUCAGUACAAGAGAUACCGUGAAGAGAGUGAAGCUGCAAAAAUGGUGGAGGAAGAGAGAUCUCUGAAGCAAAUGAGAAAGACAAUGGUUCCUCAUGCUAGACCUGUGCCCAACUUCAACAAGCCCUUCUUACCUCAGAAGUCCAACAAGGAGACUACAAAACCAAAAUCACCCAAUCUUCGAGUGAUCAAAAGAACCGAGAGAAGAACUAUGAUGGCUCGACCAACCUUGUCUGCAGCUACCAGCGCCUCUGCUGGUCAGAUGAGGUAG